GUGAGAUAUGCACUGCAUUAGACUGAUUAAUUUUCUUCAUUAUCAACAGAAGCUAAAUAAGUUAACUUACUUGCUCCUGCAAAGCAGACGUGACAUCCGAUCAGAGACAGAAUACGGCUCACAAAAAGGUGCAUGUGUGCUGCACGACUCUCUGUCUGCUGUCACAAGAUCAGAUUCAGAAACACAAGCCCUGACGCUGCCGUGAUAAACAUGGAUCACACUCGGUCGUGUUUCGAGCUGUCUCUGCCCUUCACAGAGAAAUGCAAUCCCAUCAGCAGAGAUAUCGACAGAGCAGACGCUAAACACAUGCUGCAAAUCCUGAAAACAUGUGAUGCUGAGAUCUUUACACAUGACGAUCAGGGAAUAUACAGUUCACCCAUCAUCCAAACUAUGGUGGAUGUUGCCAAGAAGGUUGAACUGAUGCUGAGGGAGCCAGAAGAGAGUUUGAUUGUAUUAAGUGGCUGCGGAACGUCAGGUCGCAUUGCAUUUCUAUUGGCGACGUCCUUUAAUGAGAUGUUGACUGACCAGCAGCACACACAGAUCUAUUCCUACAUCAUAGCAGGAGGUGACAGGGCCCUGCUCACAUCACAGGAGGCUUCAGAGGACAGACCGCUGCUGGGAGCUCGCAUGCUGGACGAGGUUUGCGCAGGAAAGAAGCGCGUUCUGUUUAUGGGAAUAUCGUGUGGCAUGUCGGCACCGUUUGUUGCUGGGCAACUGGAUCUUUGUCUGAAGCAUUUAGAUGUCUUUACCCCAGUGCUUCUGGGAUUUAAUCCUGUACAUAUGGCGAGGAAUGAGCCGAUGCAGGACUGUUCAUUUCAUUUUAAAGAGGUUGCAGAGAGGAUGGCCACAGAACAGAAACAAGGCAAAGCAUUCAUUUUAAAUCCUAUAGUGGGGCCAGAAGCCAUCAGUGGAUCUUCCAGGAUGAAAGGAGGCAGCGCUACCAAAAUAAUUCUGGAAGCUGUUCUUCUGGCUGGACACCAAGCCAUCUUCAGAGAAAAGACAAUAUCACCAGAAUGCCUGUCCUCCUGGAUCACAGCGAGCGAGAGGAUGUAUGAAAACACUUACACACACGCUGAUGAACUCACGCGUCUUGUUCAGAAAGCUGGAGAGAGUCUUCAGAGGAAUGGACAUGUGUAUUAUCUUGGCUGGCGAACUCUUGGCAUUAUUGGCAUGAUUGAUGCCAGUGAAUGUGUGCCAACAUUUGGAGCAGAUUUUGGUGACAUCAGGGGUUUUAUCAACAAUGGUUUCAAAGAAAUGAGAAAUAAAGAAGGAGAUCUGUCAUCUAUGGGGCCGGAGUUUGUUAUUGGUCACCAGGAUUUUGUGGACACCAUCUUACCCGUCCUAAAUCAAAAUGACAUGAUCGUAUUCUUGUUUACAGUGAAAGACGACCUUCAUGAAAUGACAGCUCUGGUCAAUCAGGUGAAGCGAAAGACACGGAAUCUGCAUGCUGUCGCGCACGACCUUGAGACGCUUAACAUUCCUAAGAGAAUGUGCGACAUGUUUGAGACGGUCCUGAAGAUGACAUGGUCUUUUUCCUCAGAUGAUGAGAUCGCAGAGAUGAAGCAGAAAUGGGAGCUUUCAACCAAAUGCUGUCUGAAUGUACUCAGCACUGGAGCUCAUGUACUGAAGGGGAAAGUCUACAUGAAUUUCAUGAUAGACCUCCGAGUGACCAACAGUAAACUGUACAGGAGAGCCAUCAACAUUUUACAGCGCUUCUCAGGCCGCUCCAAACCCGAGUGUGAAAGUGCUCUGCUGAGAGCGAUCUACAGCACAGAUGAUGUGAGUGAGGAGAUGACCUCAGCAGACGUCAGGACACACACUCAGCUGGCCAACAGAUCGGAUCGAGUGGUCCCGACCGCUCUUGUGAUGAUACACCGAGGCUGCAGUCUCACUGAAGCCAAGCAUCAUUUAGAUUCUCAUGCUGUGAUCCGGGACGCUGUGAUGUCCUGCGUCCUCUCUCCUGUGAACACUGCACACAUGAAAUAACCCGUCUUCAUUAGGGAUGCAAUAUAUGUAAAUGUUGGCCGAACACCGAUACUUCUUUAACAUUGGAAGCCAAUAACCGAUAUACAGUAUCUAAAUAUUAAUAUAAAACUCCAUAAGACUGAGAAAAAGGUAAAAAGUGGACAAAUGCUUUUAUUUGAAAACAUUCAGUACAGAUAAUAAUGUCACCAUUAGUUCCUUUCUUUUCUUCUAUAUCUUUUAUUUAAUAAACAAUUGAUAGAUGUUCUUCCAGAGCAACCCAGAAAAAUGUCUUAAUAGCCACAUGUUUAACAGGUCUCAAUGCAGAAAGCAUUCAGUUUGAUUCAAACAAUUUGCUUUAGUUCCUAUAAUUGACACAUUCAUGAUAAAUACACACUGUUCCUACAUCAGCAGUAAGUGAGUGAUCACGACAGAAAGACAGUACUGAACACUACUUUAACUGUGAGAAGCGUGUAGCUGAAGAAGUUUGACCGGACAAAAUGAUUUAUGAUUUACAGCCUAACUUUUAUUAUGGGCCGAUACUGAUAACAUAAAAAAUUACAAUUUAUUGGCCGAUACCGAUAUGGCCGAUAUUUUUCAUUGCCACAAUGAAGUCAUAAUUUUAAAACACAAUGCUGUAAUUUUCUUAAAACUCAAUCGUAUGCAACCCAUUAUUGGUGUGGGCGA